UUUAGGUAGUAUGAAGGGUUUAGGGAUUAGGGUUUGGUUUAUGUAAGGUUUAGGGUUAGAUAGGAUUAAGGUCUAGGUUUAGGUAGGAUUUAGGGUCAGGUAUGAUUAGGGUUUAGGUAGUAGGAAAGGUUAGCGUUUGGUUUAGGUUGGGUUUAAGGUUUGGUUUAGAAUAAUGCUUAGGAUUAUAGGGUUUAGGGUUUGUUUGUUUUUUUGUUUAUGCAUUUAGUGCUGAGUUUUUCGGAUAAAAUUUUAUAUUAAUAUUAUUGAUUCAUAAGUUUUCUUAAAAUGUUAAAAUUUUUAAAGUGAUUUUUAAUGUUCUUAAAACAAAAUAUGUAUUUUUUUAUUAAGUUUUUUGUGACAAUAAGUUGAAUAUAUUUUAGACCACAAAUCAUAAAUAUUCUCAGUCUUAUACAAUUUGUUCUUUAAGUUAUUCCUCAGUUCUUAACCAAGAAUAAUAAAUAGUAAGAGUUUUUCUCUGACUAUGUUUCUUUAUAUAUUCUAAUAGUCGAGUGGUACGAGCAUGGACGUAAUGGCAGAAUUUGUAAAUAUUUACAAGUACAACUUUUCAUCGUAAGAAUCCCUACUGUACACGUUAAUAGAGACACAUGGUUGUGGUUUUUAUGGAAUAAUUAUGGUUAACGAGCUUAUUCAACAUGUUGUUAGUAAUCUCCUAUAUAUACUCUUCUCUUUCUCUUAAUAAACAGUCCUCCUGCUUAAAUUCUAACGAAAUAAUUUUGCGAUGGUCCCUGCGGAUGCUAACGCAAUGUGAUUUCUGCCCAGUGCUCUGAAUGUCAAAGUGAAGAAAUUCAACCAAGCGCGGGUAAACGGCGGGAGUAACUAUGACUCUCUUAAGGUAGCCAAAUGCCUCGUCAUCUAAUUAGUGACGCGCAUGAAUGGAUUAACGAGAUUCCCAUUGUCCCUGUCUACUAUCCAGCGAAACCACAGCCAAGGGAAGAAGUGGAGGCAAAGCUGAUUUGAAAACGCAUCGUUUUGGAGAGGCGACAGAAAAGGCGAUAGAGGCGAUUAGCGAUUACGAGCAAGAACGGCAUGAGUAUGGCGGAUCCGCCGGGGUUACCUCCAUCUCCGCAGAGUGGGGGUCGAUCUCGGGAGGGUACGCAAGGUUCUGACGAAGUGGCACGACUCAAUCUAACCAUUUUGGAUCCCGAUCAAAUCACUGAUUUGGAUUCACAGAGUAUUACGAUGGAUGGAGCCAAGGUUGCGUCACCAAGGAGGAUAGAUCUGGAAAGGAAGGAUAAGGGAUCGAUUCAAGACACGAUUGCUGGAGGAUCUAAAGGAUCGUGGGUUGGAGCAGUUCAAGGGCAAAAAGUUCUGAAGAAAUAUGAUGUGGAGGUAACAAUGAAGGAUGGAAUUGGUUCGGUAACGGUUCCGGAGGAGAUCACGAAGGAUGCUGCACUACUAUGGGAUGAUUUCCUUAUUGGAAAAUUCCUGGAUAACGCUCCGCACAUUGCUAAGGUUCAUGCGAUAGUCAAUAAGAUCUGGAAUCUUAAUGACAAAACCCAGAGGAUUGAUGUGUAUGAGGUUAAUGAAACAUCGAUGAAGUUCAAGAUUCCAAAUCAAGCUGAUCGGAACAGAAUACUGAGAAGAGGUAUGUGGAACCUAGCUGGGAUUCCUGUGGUUCUGACGAAAUGGUCACCGGUGACGGAGAAGGAGAAGCCUCCAGUGCAGUCGAUUCCGAUGUGGGUACAUAUUAAAAACGUUCCUCUCAACAUGAUUUCGUGGCAAGGGUUGAGUUUUGUGACGAGUCCUAUUGGCAGCCCAGUCAGACUGCACCCAGAGACAGCGCAAUGCUUGAAGCUUGAUGUAGCAAAGAUUUUUGUUAAUGUAGAUCUGACAAAAGAUCUGCCAACAAAGAUGAACUUCAACAUUGAGGGCAAGGAAGUGUUGAUAGAAUACACAUAUCCGAAGCUUCCAACGAAAUGUUCUAUCUGUGAGUCGUGGGGUCACUCAAUAAAAACCUGUAAGAAUGGUAAGACAAUUCAGAUAGAGAAGCAACAAGAUAGUUUGGAGGAAGGGGAAAUAGUGGAUAAGCAGAAGGAGAUAAUAAAUGACAUGGUGCAAGAGUCUUCUUCGGAGGAAGUUACUGGAGGGUUAGAAGGGAAUAAGGAAGUUGGUAACUCAAAGGAAGGAAGUAUAAGUAUGAUAAAGGUGGAUGAUAUGAUAGCUGAGGAAGUGGUGGAGAAAAGAAACGAGUGGUCAGAAGUUACUCCAGGAAAGGCUAGUCGCUCUCCUGGUAGAAGGGAACUGGAGUUUGGGUCGGUAACCUUACUUACCAACUCUAGAUUCUCUGUUCUGAUGCCAGUUGUUGAGCAAGAGGUUGAGGCACUUGAGCAGCAAGAUAUAGAGGUGCAAUCUGAAGAGCAGUCUGAGGAAGAUAUCUUAAAGGAAACUGAUGAAGAGAUUCCUCGUCGAAUAUUGCCUAGAGAAUCAAAACUCAAUCAUCGGUACCUCAAGGUAAAGACAAGUCAGAAAGCUAUGGAAGCAGAUCCAAGCUAUCUGAAUAAGAAGAAGCCCCGACGCCAAUAAUAUGUCUGGUUUUUACUGGAAUAUUAGAGGUUUCAAUCAAUUUUCGAAGCAUAAGGUGGU